AUGCAAAAUUUAGCAUGGAAUGGAUGGAAUGAUGUGAGCAACAAUAAUAGUUCAACGCAAAUAGUAGAUUUAAGUGUUUGGACAAACCCACAACAACCUCAACCUCAACCACAAAUAUUAUACUCACAACAAAUACAACAACAGCCACCUACACAACAAUAUGAACAACAGCAAACAAAUUGGCCUAACACCCAGCAAAUGCAACAUCAGCAACAACAACAACAGCAACCAUUUUUAACACAACCCCUACCACAACCACCACUUACACAACAGCCACCACCAAUUACUUUUCAAUACCAUCAACCCAAUUCUCUUCAACAACAAUCCCAUCCUCAACAACAAUUACAACAACAAGUUUUAUAUCAGCAAAUUCCAGCAGCAAUUCCUUCAAACACUCAAUCCUCAAUAGAUGAAGAAUCAGCUUUAGAGACUAUGGAUCUAAAUGCUACUGCAAUGUCAUGGCAUUCCCUUGCUAAUCCUGAUAUAAAAGAGAGAGAAGAUGGUUUAGAAUUUGAUUCAACUCCAUAUUGGAAUCAAUCACCUUCACUGCCAUCAUCUUCACCACCAUCUUCACCGCCACCUACUGAUGAAGAUGAAGUUAAUGUUAAUGAUUACCAAACAUUAAAAAGGAUACCAAGAUGUUUUGAUAAACAUGAACGUGGUAGAUGUUUAUUAACAAUUAAUGUUGUACUUGGGAAAGGUUGCUCACAAACCAUUUAUGUUCAUGUUAAUGAUGACCCUGCUGAUUUAGCAAGGGAUUUUUGUGAUUUAUGGAAGAUCACAAAUCCUGAAGUUGUGCCUGCAUUAGAAGAUUUAAUUAAAGAAGAAAGAACUGGAUGUAAUAUACUAGAACUUAUACCAGAUAUAAGAACUAGGUGGAACUCCACUGAGAUGAUGAUAGAAAGAGCAAUACCACUUCACAACCUUGCAUCUGUUGAAAAUGAUCUUAGAAUUUAUAUACUAACAGAUAAUGAAUGGAGAUGUUUAGAAGAGAUUUGUAACUUAAUGCAGCAUUUUAAAAAAGCUACAGACUUUAUCUCAGGUCAAUUAUAUCCUACACUUGCAUUUAGUGUACCAGUUUAUAAUUAUCUGCUGGAUAAAAUUGAAGACAUAAUUGAUAAUUCAACAACAAAACCUUAUAUUAAAGAAGCUGUUUCUAUAGCUGCAGAAAAAAUAAAAGAAUAUUAUCCAACCACCAAUGGAUAUAUAUAUAUAAUUGCUACAAUAAUGGAUCCUCACCUUAAAUUACAAUAUUAUAAAAAUAAUGAAUGGGAAGAAGAAUAUGUUGCAGAAGCAGUAAGG